AUGGCAAGGUCUGCUUGCAGCGAGAAUAUGGGGUUGAAGAAAGGGCCAUGGACUCCAGAUGAAGACCAGAAGCUCUUAGCUUAUAUUGAAGAACGUGGCUUUGGGAACUGGCGUACCUUGCCCGAAAAAGCUGGGCUUCAAAGAUGUGGAAAGAGCUGUAGAUUGAGGUGGAUCAAUUACCUAAGACCUGAUGUCAAGAGGGGAAAGUUCAGUUUACAGGAAGAACAAACCAUCAUUCAACUCCAUGCUUUUCUUGGAAACAGGUGGUCGGCCAUAGCAGCUCACUUACCCAAGCGAACCGACAAUGAGAUUAAAAACUACUGGAACACGCAUAUUAAGAAAAGGUUUACCAAGAUGGGAAUUGAUCCCACCACCCACAAGCCCAAAUCGAACCUCCUCAGCUCCUCCGGUAGAAACACUGGCACACUGAGCCACAUGGCUCAGUGGGAGAGGGCUCGGCUCGAAGCAGAAACAAGGCUGGUCAGAGAGUCAAAAAAACUACUGUCAACACAAAAUAAUAAUCCAGGCUUCUCAUCUAGGUCCGAAGCCUCAGCCACAUCAACUAGAUCACAGUGCCUUGACGUACUUAAAGCUUGGCAAAUGGUAGUUUCUGGCAUGUUCGCCAUCUCCACUAACAAAGUUCUUGAGCCUCCAUCGUCAUCAUCCUUGGACAACUCGAUCCCCAUCAUCGAGCUUCCACCAGCAGCAGCAGCUAGUUCAUUUGCAUGCUUCGGAGGAAUUGCUCAAGAUGAUUUAAUCUUGGACGACAGAUCAAACUACCAUGUACCAGAAUUAGAUGAAAGAUUUGAUAACUCGAUGACUUUGCAUGAUACCACGUUUCAUUGGACUGCCGCAACAGGAAACAUCGUACAAAAUUUUUCCGAUAUUUCGGUGCAUGAUUUUGAUUACCCGAUGGAGGAGGGAAAUACCAAUUGA